AUGACAACCAACCACAGACCCACACUUGAGAGUAAGAAGGGGAAGAAGAGACCUAUAGGUGACUCUGUAGUGCAUGCAAGAGGCUUAUCUCAGCAGACAGAGUUGAAAUACCGAUCUGAUGCUCCAUUUUAUAAUGUAAAUGGCGAUGAGGUGAAGAGGUUCAAUGGGGAGGUGAAUGCUCAGACUAAGCGUCUCAAGACAGAAAGAGAUGAGGAGAGUUCAGGGCUGGUGAACACCAAAUAUGAGUCUCGAGAUCCUGAUGAAGUUGAUGAUAAUACUAUAAAAGAAGAUGCCUCUGUGGAUGAUAAUGAUCCUGCUACCAGCAACUCGGAGGCUUUUGAUGAUGAUUCAGACUCAGACUCAGACUCAGACUCCGAUGAAGAUUCGGAAGCGUUGCUCGCAGAGCUUGCCAACAUCAAGAAAGAAAAAGAGGAGCAGAAGAAGCUCCAGGAUCAAAGACUAUUGGAUGCGAACCCUCUUCUAUCUACUGCCACCAAAAAGAGUUGGAGAAAAUCAGCAUUCAGAUCUGACAAAGACAACACUACCAAAGACUCCAAGUUCACUACAAACUCGGUCGAUUCUGACUACCAUCAGACAUUUCUUUCCAAGUUUGUCAGAUAA